CUCAACCAUCACCACUACCACCACCAUCACCACAACCAUCAACAACACAACCUCUGAGACCACCAUCACCACCACCAGCCAUACCUUCAAGACUACCAGCAGUAACUACUCCAUCACCACCUACAACGCCAACAAUACCACCAAAAAGAGUGAUACAAAACAACCACCACUAUUACUACUACUACUACUACUACUACUGCUUCUAAAGCCAACAGUUACAGGGAAAACACCUAUAUUUCCUCUUACAGAAUUGGUGCCAUGAAAAACAGCAGCCAAUACAUUCUGCAAAGUGGUUGAUGUUAGGAGAGGAAUUCUUGUUAAAGAAAGUGUACCAAAGAAGACAUAGGGAUGCAAUGCAGUCCUUGGACACACCAGAGCCUGUCAGACCGUCCAACUCACACACAUACCGACGACAACGAUGGUAAUGGUGAUGACAAUGAUGAUGAUGAUAAUGGUGAUGAUGAGUAAAGUUAUUGUUACUGAAUACCACACAGCUGAAGGUUCUGUCUGUGUGUCUGCAUGUUAUUUAUUUCUUUUUUUUUUUACUGAUUUUAGCCAGAAGUUGUGGCCAUGCUGGAACACAGUCUUAUUGUGUCAUGUGUGUAUUUAUUUCUGUAUUGUCCUUAUUUUGAGUUCUCAAUUCCUCGAUAGAACCAUAGAAGUGCCAUGUUGAAGUAUACAGAAUAUCGCGGAAAUUUUUUAGAAUUGACAGAACCAAUUCCUCAUCAGGUCUGACCACAUCUGAUUUCUUCUAGAGAAAGAGAGACAGAGACAGACAGACAGAAAAUGGUGAAAGAGAAAAAAAAAGAAGAACUAACAAGAGUCCAAGAUCAGUACUUUUUCUUUAUUAAUCCUGAAAAGAAUGAAAGCCAGAGUUGACCUAGCUAGGAUUUGAACUCAGAGAGCACAGAUCUUGGAUGAACAUCACAAGGCAGUCUACCCAAUGUUCUAAUAACUUGGUCAAUUUGCUGACUUAAUUACGUAUCUUUGUGUGAGGGUGUCAUGGGUGGAACAGUUUUGAUCAUAGGGCUGAACCCAAAAGCCCCAAAGUCAACCAACACCAAUGCCAUCACCACUACCACUACUACCACUACUACCACCAUCACUAUUGCUAAUAUCAAUAAUACCACCACCACCACCACCACCAUCACUACCAUCACCACUAUCAUGACUAUCUUCAAUGCUACCACCACCAACACCUCCACUAACAUCACCAAACACUGUGUCCUGACCGAAAUUCUUCAAUUUAUUGCAGAUUUGCUCAAGUUCUCAUUGGUUUCUGUUUUGUAUUCUUGGUUUUGCUCUGGAUCACACGUGACCUGCAGCAGGCUGGAGGCUGGCAGAUGCUGUUUAAACCCAAGACAAGACUUGGAAGACUGGACACCCAUACUUAACUGGAAAACCAUUCAGAAUAAACUCCCCUGGGGUAUCGUCCUUGUUAUGGGUGGCGGAUUUGCCAUAGCUGAUGUAUCAAGGGUUUCAACUGGUUUCUUGAUAAACGUAGUCUGUGUCUUAACGCUGACAUUGGCCGUCCACUCAUAGGGUGAAUUAAUAUUUCACUUCAGUGAAGUACCCGCUGCCUUUCUAAUAAAUGCCAAAACCACCGCCAUCCUUAAUGGUGGCCUCUGAUUCUUAAAAAUCCUCUCUGUGUGAUUUUACUGGAAUUUGUAUUUUAUGUGCUGUACAAGGAAUAGGGAUCAGGGAUAAAGGAACAUUUUAAACUUCAAGAUUCAGAAAUAAAAUUAGAUUUUAAUAUUCACUUCUUA